AUGUUAGGGAAUUCUUCUUGUAUUCCUCCAACCAAACACGAUGUGUUCCUCAGCUUUAGAGGGGAAGACACAAGAAACGGUUUUGCUGAUCAUCUUUAUGCAGUUUUGUGCAGCAAAAAGAUUAAGACUUUCAUAGAUGACAGACUUUGUAGAGGAAAUGAGAUUUCACUAUCUAUACAAGAAGCAAUAGAAGAAUCAAAUAUUUAUGUCAUCAUUUUCUCCCAACACUAUGUUUCUUCCACGUGGUGUUUGGAGGAACUCACAAAGAUACUUGAAUGCAAAAGUAGAUAUGGAAGGGCGGUGAUACCAGUUUUCUACAAGGUGGAUCCAUCACUUGUUAGGGAUCAAAGAGGAAGUUAUGGAGAUGCAUUUGCCAAGCAUGAGCUGCUAUUUAAGGACAAAAUUAUGGGGUGGAAGGUUGCUCUAACUCAAGCUGCUGGAUUAUCUGGUUGGGGUUCAAAAAUAGUUGGGUUGAAGACUAAUGCAUUUGUUUCUUUACUAUGUACCAGACCUGAAUACCUACUUGUCCAAGAAAUUGUUCAAGAUGUUUUGAGAAUAUUGAAAAACCGUUCUCCCAUAUUAGAUUAUCAAGGAUUGGUUGGAAUUUACAAGCAUAUGGCAGAAAUCCAGUCCUUGUUGCAUGUUGAGUCAGAAGCUGUUCGGAUCAUAGGAAUGUGGGGCAUUGGAGGAAUUGGUAAGACAACAAUUGCACGUGCAAUAUAUCAUAAUCUGGCAAACCAAUUCACUUCCUGCAGCUUUGUUGUAAAUGUUCAUGAAGAGGUAGAAAGAUAUGGAAUGCACCAUACACAGAGCAAAUAUUUAUCAGAGCUUGUAGGAGAAGAAAACACAUCCUCUGGUUUAAGUUUUUCAGAUGAAAGGCUUAAACGGGAAAAGGUUCUCCUUAUUCUUGAUAACAUCAACAAUUCAUAUGAAAUUGGAGAUUUAAUUGGAGGGCGUGGUUGCUUUGGUCCGGGAAGUAGAAUCAUUGUGACUAGUAGAGACAUGCAAGUGCUAAAGAAUGCUGAAGUAGAUGAACUAUAUGAGGUCAAGGAGAUGAGUUUUCAAGAUUCUCUACAACUUUUUAGUUUGAAUGCCUUUAAGCAAAACUAUCCAAUAGAAAACUAUAUGAACUUGUCUGAAAAGGUAUUGAAUUAUGCUAAAGGGAUUCCAUUAGGUCUCAAAGUUUUGGGCUUAUUGCUUUAUGGUAGAACAAAGGAAGAAUGGGAAAGUGUGUUAGAAAAACUCGAAAAGCUUCACGAUCUUGACACUUUUGAUGUGUUGAAAUUAAGUUAUGAUGAACUUGAUAAUGAACAGAAGGAUAUAUUUCUUAACAUAGCUUGUUUCUACAGAGGACAUGAUAUGAAUACUGUAAAACAAGCACUAGAUAGUUGUGGCUUCUCUUCUGUCACUGGAAUGAGUGAUCUCAUUGAUAGGGGCUUUAUAUCUAUUUUGAAAGGUGAAAUUGUGAUGCAUGAUCUGAUACAGGAAAUGGGUCAAGAAAUAGUUCGUCAACAAUGUGCCAGUGAACCUGGAAAAAGAAGUAGGUUAUGGAAGAAUGAAGACAUUUAUCAUGUUUUAAGAGAAAACAAGGGGACAGAUGCUGUCAAAUAUAUAUUCCUUGACACAUGCCAAAUCAAAGAAGUUCAAUUGCAUUCUGGAACUUUCAAAAUGAUGCUUAAUCUGAGACUUCUCCAGUUCUGUAACUCUAAAUCAACUAAAGACUCGAAAGUGCACGUUCCUGAAUUUCUUGUCAGUCUGCCGGAUGAUUUACGGUUUCUUUGUUGGGAUGGCUUCUCUCAAAGAUCAUUACCACUGGACUUUUGCCCAGCAAAUCUUGUUAAACUUGAUAUGCGUUACAGUAAACUUGAACAACUUUGGGAGAGAGAUCAGAACUUGAUUAAAAUACCAGAUCUUUCCCAGUCUCCAAAUAUUGAAGAAAUAAUUCUUAGUCACUGUGUGAGCUUGGUUCAAGUGUACUCCUCAAGUUUCCUCAGUAAGCUCAACUGUUUAUGGUUAAAUGGUUGUGAUGGGCUUAGGAGUUUAAAUCUUCCAAGCAAUAUUCUUUCACAAUCUUCUGGACUAAUUGUUCUCUAUGAUUGUUGCAACCUUGAGAUGUUUUCAAUAGGUUAUAUCACUAUGGGGACUUUUUUAUACAGUUGUCCUCGUAGUAGAUCAAUAGAGAGUAUAUUCAGAAACAGUUUGCCUGGGCAAACAAUUUGCUGUUCUAUAGAUACAAAAACUAGGUCCUUAUUUGAGAAAUUCUCAGAUACUUUUGACCCCAUAGAUAGUGGUGCUGACUUCUAUGAAGAACCAGAGGAUAAUAUACACUUACUAAACUUAAAAAUGUUGAGAGAAGGUUCACCAUCAUUAUUUCCAAGUCUAAAUGAGCUUUGUUGGUUAGACCUUUCUUACUGUGAAUCCCUCACAAGAACAGCAAUUCAAGAACUACCUUCAUCUUUGCACAAUUUGGUCGCGCUUGAAGAGUUGAGCUUGCGCCGGUGCCAAAGGCUUGUGUUUAUUCCACCUUCAAUUGGAAGUGUCAGCAAACUCUGCAUGUUAGACCUUGCUUACUGUGAAUCUCUUGAAACUCUUCCCAGCAGCAUUUUCAAAUUGAAGUUGACAAAACUUGAUUUGAACGGUUGCUCAAUGCUAAGAACUUUCCCUGAGAUCUUAGACCCUGCAGAAAGUUUUGCUCUCAUUAGCCUAACAAAAACAGCAAUUAAAGAACUACCUUCAUCAUUGGAAAAGUUGGUUGGGCUUCAAACCUUGCAGCUGAACUUGUGCAAAGAUCUUGAGUUACUUCCAAACAGCAUUAGUAAGGCAACACUUCUCUCCAAGCUUGAUCUUUCAGGAUGUGACAAAUUAUCAGAAAUACCAAGUAACAUUGGCCACUUGUCAUCAUUAAGAGAAUUGUCACUGCGUGAAAGUGGUAUUGUGAACCUUCCUGAGAGCAUUGUUCAUCUUUCAAGCUUGAAAUCACUUGAUUUGAGUGAUUGCAAAAAGCUUGAAUGCAUACCACAGCUUCCACCAUUUCUGAAAUACAUGGCUGUAUUUGAUUGCCCAUCCAUUAGGAGAGUGUCAAGUUCACAUUUAAAUUUCUCAUCAGAUUCCAAAGAGGGUAUCUUCAAAUUUCAUUUAACCAAUAGUCAAGAACUGGAUCCGAGUGCUCAAAGCAACCUUGCAGCUGAUGCAUGGCUUAGGAUCCUCCAAGAUGCAUACAAGUCUGUUUUUUAUUGCUUUCCAGGGAGUGCAGUUCCUCACUGGUUCCCUUACCGCUGCAAGGGACAUUCAGUAACUAUGAAAAUAGAUUCUCUUAGUUGGUGCAGUGAUGAUAAGUUCAUUGGCUUUGCUCUUUGUGUCGUUUUGGGACUUGAAGGUAUAAAUGAUGAAGAAUGUAAAUAUAGUGUCUUUAGCUACAGAUUCACAUUUGAAUCUGAUGAUGGCAUACACAUUAUUCCUAGCCAUGAUCAGCUAAGAUACUAUUUUAAUUGGAAGGGUCAACAAAGAUUUGUUGUUAAUGAUCACACGUUCAUGUGGAAAUAUUACUUGGAUUCUUCAAGCAUCAGCCAAUUGCUAUCUCGUGCCCACAACUUCACUUUUGAAAUCUGCAAAUAUGAUGUUGGUCACUUUUGGCUAAAUAAUAGGCCAACUUUCAAGCUUCCUAAUACUAUUACUUAUGUCUUUUGUAUAUUGCAGUAA